CAGGUAGCAUCACUAAAGAAGAAGAAUUUCCCUCCAAAAUAUUGAGGUUUAUUUUGCAAAAGCGAGUUAAGAAUUUGUUUACCAAUUGAAUGUGUGAACCAACUCAAUGACCACCAUUCUAGACAACUUUCAACGCGCCGAGAAGAUCGGUGAAGGCACCUACGGGAUUGUUUACAAGGCGAGGAGCAACGCCACCGGCCAGGAUGUGGCGCUCAAGAAGAUUCGGCUCGAAGGCGAAACUGAGGGCGUUCCAUCGACGGCUAUUCGAGAGAUUUCCUUGCUAAAAAACCUCAAACAUAAGAAUGUGGUCCAACUAUUCGACGUGGUUAUCUCCGGCAAUAAUCUGUACAUGAUAUUUGAGUACCUAAAUAUGGAUCUGAAGAAACUGAUGGAUAAAAAGAAGGACGUUUUCACACCUCAGUUAAUUAAGAGCUAUAUGCAUCAGAUAUUAGAUGCUCUCGGCUUUUGCCACACUAAUCGAAUACUGCAUCGAGAUCUCAAGCCCCAGAACUUACUCGUGGAUACAGCUGGCAAAAUAAAAUUGGCUGACUUUGGUCUGGCAAGGGCCUUUAAUGUGCCCAUGAGAGCCUAUACGCACGAAGUGGUCACCCUUUGGUACAGAGCUCCAGAGAUUCUACUGGGCACCAAGUUUUACUCUACGGGCGUGGAUAUCUGGAGUUUAGGGUGUAUUUUCUCAGAAAUGAUCAUGCGCCGCUCCUUGUUUCCUGGAGACAGUGAAAUCGACCAACUUUAUCGGAUAUUUCGUACCUUAAGCACCCCUGAUGAAUCAAAAUGGCCAGGAGUCACGCAGCUGCCGGAUUUUAAGGCCAAGUUUCCCAAGUGGGAAUCAACAAACAUGCCACAGACCAUAACUGAACACGAAGCACAUGAGCUCAUUAUGUCUAUGCUGUGCUAUGAUCCCAACCUGCGCGUCUCAGCGAAGGACGCCCUGCAACACGCUUACUUUCGCAAUGUGCAGCAUGUUGACCAUGUAGCACUGCCCGUCGAUCCCAAUGCCGGCAGUGCUUCGCGUCUUACAAGACUCGUCUGAUCGUGUCCAAUAGCCCAGAUCUAGCAAAUUACUUGUGAUCUUUAGUAUACUGCCAGCUCCAUUUCAUGCAUUCCCCAUCCUAACUCGCAUCUAACACAUACGAUAAAUACACGAUCAUCCAUA